UUCACGACGCAUCCUACCUACCUCUAGAAUUCGAACGAAAUUGAGGAAUUUAAGGGCUAUUUUUUUUAACAUCGCUACCUGAUUUUUAACGAACCGAAUUUUUUGUCGUGUACCCACAACUUACCUGCAUAAUUUGAAAGCAUGGCGAUCCCAUAUUCAUAAAGCAUUCUCAUCUCAACCGUGAUAGUUGUUAGCAAAGAAAUUAUCGCUGCGCAAUUUUGUGAAGCUUUAAUUUAUAGAUUGUGCCGAAAUAAAUAUAAUCAUGGAAGAGAAAGUCAGGUAUAAUGACCAGGACAAAUUAAAAUUGUUGAAAUUUAUUAAAGUACUUUGCUUGGAAAUAUCACAGGUUGUUGUGGAAAGUAGGAACGGUAGGCUGGUUGUUGCUAACAAGAACCUAUCUUCGGAAAAAUUUUUUUGCUUAACUUCCCCUGAGGACUCGAAAGUGAACAAAGAAACCGUAGAUGCGCUCAAAGAGGAGGGAGUAUUAACGUCUCUUGAAAAAACAAUGUGUAUAGAUGUGUCUUUGAGGACUAAUGAUGGUGAGGGUAUGUUGUUAGAAGUAUGGACUUUAAAGUUAAUUCCGGACAAAGAACCUACUGAUAUGGGACUAGCACUACAAACAAUUUACUAUAGGAUGGGAGUCAUGCUAAAAUCAGCCCUUACCAUCUCUAGGGUAACACCAGCUUAUAAACUAUCAAGGAAACAACACAAGGAAAAUUACACAAUAUCGCACAAAAUAUACAGCGGGGAGCCAAAUUUAAAUUUAUUAGGUGAACAAUACAAAGUUAUAAAAAUAAGUGAACUGAAGACGGUGUCGGGGACAAUUGUCUUCCAAGUGGUGCACCGAAUGAAAAUGACGAUAGUACAAGAAAAUCAACUCAAACCAGCCGUGCCCGCGGCGAAGCCCGAGGCAGCGAGUCCCGCCACUGAGAUCAUGGUCAAAAGCGAUCACUUCGUCACGGAAAGUCCCAAGAGAGCGCAGACAGACAAGAAGGAAAUCGACUUGUCCAAACCGCUGACUAGGGGCGCUUUUGUGGACGAGGUCAAAAUUAGGGAACUGCACGAUGCACUAAGCCAGCAAUUGCCUCCGGAACCUCCCAUGACCUGGCUUUUAGCAGAAAACGACAAGUUGGCACAGAAAAUGAAGGAACUGACAACAGCCGAGACGGCGUCCACUUCCGAUGGGCCGUCAACGUCCGCAGCCGCGGCAGCCGCUGACAGAGCUUCGACGUCUGACGCUGGCGAGAAGCCGGGCUGCAGCUCCGAAGCCGCCUCGUCCAACAACCGUGUUGCGAGCAAGGCCAUCGAGGUGCCCAGAGCGAAGAAUGGAGACAAGUAUUCUAGUCUUAUGGACUUCGCGUUCGCGGACGGCAGCCCAAUGGCGGAGCUGGCCAACUUCUACCACGAAUGCGUGCAAGCUAGAUCUGUGAGCGACGAGUGGACAGACUUGGCUGGGGAGAUCUCCCAGUCUACAGACUCCGACUCACUGUCCCAGCAGCUCAAGAUGUUCGAGGACGCGGUACCCGAAUUUGAUAGCAUGGUCGCUUCCAUGAUGAGCAACUCUGAGAACUCCGAAGAUUAGAUCUGUAAUGCUAGAACAUUCUAGAAUUUAAGAGAACCGUGGACUGUUUAAUUGUCGCUUUAAACUUAGGUUACGUUCUGAGUUUGUCGUUUUAGUUGUACAACGUCAAAUGACUGGUGGUUGAUUUUGUUCUAUCGAUCUGAAAAUCGAUUGAAGAUUUAAUCAAUCUUUUUUAGCUCGAGGCUUGACUCCCUUAGGAAUUUCUAAUAUUCCUUCCUUAGCGGAUGUCUUUAUAAUAAUUGUUUUAUGUUACGAAAUUGACUCUGCGUUGAUAAAUAUAUCAGUCGCCUUAAAAAUAAACGAAUAUAUUUUUUUUUAAUGGAGAAAUUAGGACUGUGAAUGUUGUGACGUUUAGGUAAAACUAACAACCAUUAUAUGACUAGUUUAACAAUUUUUAAGAGUUAAGCUAAAGAUACGAGAUCCAGCAAGUAGCCUUGGUGUGCGCCGGAGUAGACCAAAGGCGAAGGCACGGGGCGCGAUAUACGACUUCCGCACGUCACAAUGUUCAUGGCGCGAAAAUGGGAUAUCAAAUAAGUCUAUAUUUUCAUUGCUUCGUAAAACCUCUUUACUCUAGGAAACAACACUUUCUAUCUAAUUUUCGGUCACUUCAACUACAAGAAUGCAAUAAAUUUUUAAAAGUAAAUUUUAUCAUUUGACGAAGCUAAAGUAGCUAAUUAUAUUUGCAAUAUUAGUUUAUAGGUGACUUUACUUGAAAUAAGCUGACGUUGCUUCCUUGAUGUUAAUACAUAUUUUAUCCUGCGACUUUCAGAAAUUUUACUUUAAUUGACGUUAUUGAUUUUAUCCUAUGACACAACUGAAAAAUUCGCGAAUUCCCAUUUUAGAUAGAAAGUAAUUUCCUAGAGAAAGGGAGGUGGAGGAGGACUGAAUUGACUUUUUUCUAUUCCCCGCCAAAGCGCAUUUGUCCAAAAACUUCAGUUAAUACUAAUAGAACGUCGAUAGUGUUACUGGGAUAGUGUGACUACCAACACUAAUAACACCAAAUGUAAAAAAUAAAACAACUCUUGGUACAUUUGUUUUUACAGGCCCGACAUUAUGCUACAUCUUUAAGUAUAUGCCGAAAAUAAAAUGCCGGUAAAGGAGCGAUUUUGAGUAUAAGUAUGCAUGUAUUUGAGUGUAUGUAUGUGCGUGUGGGUGUGUAUGGGUAUGUAUGCAUUUGAGUGUCAGUAUAGAAUGUGGGUGUGUGUGUGCGUGUGUAUGUGUGUUCCUGUGUAUUUGGAUGUAUGUAUGUGAUUUUUAUGUUAAUCUAUACUUAUAGAGUCGUACGACUUUGCCAAUUUAAUUUAAACGAGAUAUAUUUUAUAUUUAUCCUCACGUACCUUUUAUUAUAGACGUCUUUAAAGUCUCCCGUUACCUUCCGGAAAAAAUCCUUUAUUGGCAGAUCAGUGAGUGAAUUGGUGUUUUUCAUUUCUUGUCUAAACAUCGAUAACAUAUUGUUUAAACAUCGAUAACAUUUACAACAUACCUAUUAUAAAGUAUUAACUACAAAUGUAUCAAGUUAAGUUUAUUUUUAAUGUCUAUUUGCAAUGAGAAUUAAUUGCAAUUCAGUACAAAAUUGAAGAAAAAAAGAAAAUUACAACAGUAUCUUUAGAACAUCAUAAAUGGAAGGAACAUUAGAGAUAAAACCUUAGAUUAAAUAUGUAGUGACUAGUUUCAUUACUUUAUUGAAACAUAGUCUAUAGCUAGUCCAGCUAUAUGCGAUGCGAAUUAAAUCAUUUAUUAUCUUCUAAUGAUUUGUAGAAAUAAGCACAAAAUAUAUCCUAUUCUCUGCCUAUUCCAUAGAAGAACUGGUGUGAUAAUUAUGUAUGUAUGUAAGUACAAAGUAUCUUAAUUAAAUUCAUGACUUUGAGAAUAGUAUCUUUGACCUUUUGUAAUUGAUGUAACAUAAUGUUUUGAAAUAUUCAUUAUAAGAUUUUAAAUAAUUUAUUUCAUGUGUAUGUUCUGAAGUUUUGGCCCCAUUUUGUAGGUAGUAAAUUUCACAUUGAUUUAUGCUAAACAUACCUGACUUGAUCUCGAUUCCAUAGAAAUUUCCUAAACCUCUGCGUAGGUGUAAGUGGUUUUAGGCGUACCUAUUGUCCAAAAUGUAAAACAUCUGAACAUUUUCGACAUACGAAAUCCUGCCAAUAUUCCGAAUCGUCGGUCCAUUUUAUAUGAAGCAGUUAGUGGGGCCAAAAUGCACCUACAUCAUCAUCUGUACAAAAUUCUAUAGAAUCAUUGUAAAUGACAUUGGCCUAUUUAUGUAUGUGAAUAGAAUCGUGAUGUGAUGAAUAUGACAUGUGUGAUAUCAAUCAAAGUUAGCUAUGUUGAAUUGUAUAACUUUAUCGAAUUAUAUGUAUAACCUGUCAGGUGUUUCCAUAAAAGGAAAUUAUAAUAAUAUCAUGAUUUAUUUUAAAAUUACAAUUAAUUUAUUGAAAUCAUGCAAAUUUGUGCCCAUUUUCAAUUAUAAUAAGCUUUUUAUUUAAUUUACGGGUAAUUCGAUAAGCAUUUAUACAUGGUUACCCCCAAUUUAAUUAAUAAUGUAUGUAGACGAGCCUCUGAAUAUCUUCUGAAUUUUUGAUGUGGUAAUCUAUUACUGUAUGAUAAAUUUAGGAGAAAUAUAUAUUUUAUUUCAAAUGAUUGUGCUCAAAUAUAAACGCUUAGUUACAUAAAAGUAUUUUAAAAUUCCAGAUUGUAUUCCUCAUCGUAAAAUUAAAUUAAUCAGUCAUAUUUUCAUUUUAAUCUAAAUUAAGUAUUCUCACUGAAGAUUUUGCUGGAAAAAUUAAUUUCAACUUUAGCAUGUGCAACAAGGCGCAAAAAGUUUCAAAAUAAAGUAGGCGAUAUAUUUUUAUACAUUUAUAAAAAAUAUUGAUUUAUAUUAGGCUCUGUAUGUUCCGCUUUUUCUUGUUCUUAAUCAAGUUAAGCUCUAGUGUUAAAAUAAUCUAUGAAAAUUGAGUCUAUAUUAUCAUAAAUUAUAUUCAAAUAUACAAACUGUUGUAUAUGCCAUCUAGCUAGGAAAUUAUUUUAAACAAGAGUUCCAAUAGUCUGUAUUAGUUCACCUCCUAUAAAAACAAUUGAAGCUUGUGAGCGCAGCGGUUCGAAUUAACUAAAGCUGUUAUGUAUGAUGCGAGGUCUUCUUUCUCUCUUCUCUUUGCAGUUGACCACAGAGUAAAGGGGUGAGGGAAGUCUAUACAUAUUGCAUGUCAGCUUCCGUGAAUCGAUCCUGAGCCCCCUUGUUCAUGACCGUUGACAAGAAUCAUUAAUAUAAUACAUGUUCUAUCAAGGUUCGUGAAUAAGCCCUUCAUAUCAAGCUCCGAAUCCUAAAUUGUAGCCAGACUGUGUAUGAUGUCCAAUGUCACUAUCACUUCGGCAAUCAUAGUCGGAGGCGUAACAAAAUGUAUUUACAAAUUUAUAGUAACAUGUUUAAACAAGAAUUAUAAUUAAAAAUAAUUAUUUAUAGUCGCGCCGUUCGCGGUAUUAAUUAAAUCUGAACGCUUUAUACUAAAAACAAUAGCCGACAUUCCGUCCACUUGGAAAACCGCAAAUCUGGACUAGGUUUUAAUUAGUUUGACAGUGGACAGCGUUAAGGCUUUGCGUUUAAUUUACUGUGCGACUAUAAAACCAGUUUAUUAUUAUUUAGCCAUAAUGUGUUCAACGGCUAGACAGAGUAGGUAAUCUCAAAUAUUAUAAACUCUGUUAAUAUUGCAUUAAAAUAUUUGUACUUAUUACAACCAUUAUCUCUCUAUUGUUGAAAAAUAUAGUGAACUUUUAAACAUCGUUUGAUCAUAUCAAAUGUAAUUCCUAUAUUUAAUUGUCCAUUAGAUAUUUCAAAAUAAAUCUACUUCAAACAAUAUAAUUACCUGUCGCAAGUCUGCCAGAGUCUCUGAUAACCCCGUAAUACAUGGGAUAUGAGUUGCCCAACUCCAAAUUUCAUUUUGGUUGCAUGUUAUCAUUAAGAGUGCCUUAUAGUCAUCAGUUUGAUUUUCUUAUAAUUUUUAGUGAUAAAAGUGCCAAGAUUUUUAUUUUUAUAAUACGUCAUUAGGUAUUUUUUUAAGAUACUCAAAUCAAAAUGAAAUGCAUUAAUGUUUAAAAAAAGGUAGGCUAAUACUUGUUUCAUUAUUUCUAGAAUAAAGUGAUGUAAUAGGUAACAACACUAUGCUAUUAUUACAAAUAAAUUAAAUAUUGUGUA